UUAUGUGGGACAAAAUUGAAUCCCCAAAUCAAAAUCCCGAAGCCGAGCAUCUUCCGCCAUGGCCGAAACCGAGCAAUCGCCACCAAAUGCCACCGCCGCCGCCGACAAAUUCCCCAACGUUUCCUUCAGCAUCUGGCCACCGACCGAGCGCACGCGCGAGGCCGUGAAGAACCGCCUAAUUGAAACCCUCUCUUCCCCUUCCAUUCUCUCCAAGCGAUACGGCACCGUUUCGCGCGAAGAGGCGGUCGAGGCCUCCAAGCUCAUCGAGCAGGAGGCGUUCGAGGUCGCCGGAAAUGCGGUGUCCGCUGAUGACGACGGGAUCGAGAUUUUGCAGGUCUAUUCCAAGGAAAUUAGCAAGCGGAUGCUCGACACCGUGAAGGCCAGAUCUGGAGAGUCGGCGGCUGCUCCGGAGCCUGCGCCGGCGACCGACGAGCCGCACAAGGCGGAGGAGGAGGACGCGGGGUCAUCCGCGCCGCCGCAGAGCGAGAAAACCGAGUCUGUUGCCGAUGAUGAAUGAGUAACUGAAAUGUUAUUUAGAUUUUCGCUUUAAUUUCUAUUUUUUCGCUAGUGAUAUCAUGCCGAUGUUUUGUUAUGAUGAGAUUGGGGAUCUACUUGGUAUACUGUUACUGUUAUGUAAUGUGGAUGCUUUGUUCUAUAUAUAUAUUAGGUUAUUUAGCUCUUUA